AAAAAAUAUGCGAUUUCGAGAUAAAGUGUUCAAUGUGUUGUGAAGUUCUUAAAAAUUUUUCAGACAAACAUUUGAUUGAGCGGGCGAAAAUUAUUUUCCGACCAAGAAGACCAGUCGAAUGAAAGAUACAGGCUCGUGAGGUCCAAUUCUAACGUCACUUGUGUCCCAUAGGCGCAGUUGUCAAACCUCUCUUCAAAGUGUAAAAUGCGUAAAAAAUAUUAACUCGAAAUGGAUAACUCGACGUUGAAUGCAACGUUGUUGCACAAAAAAUCUGCAUUCCCCAAAGUGAUCUAUUUUGUUAUGGACUUCGUUUUCAUAAUCGGCGCCGCUGCCAAUAUUUUGGCCCUUUGGAUCAUUUACAAAUCGUCGAGAAACCGUAACAAAAAGCACGUGUUUUUAUUGAGGUGUUUAGCGACUAACGACCUAGUGGCUCAGAUUGGUAUGCUAACGGUGAUAAAUUUGAAUAAGGGCGACUAUUGGACUUGUGUGGGAUUCGUACUGCUCAGGGGUUUUGGGCUCGGCUCAGGCUCUGUCGCUUUUGUUAUGGCACUAGAACGCUGGAUGGCCCUCACCAGACCCUUCUUGUACCAUCAGAUCGUCACUUACAAAUCUUUGAAAAUGUUCACGUUUGCCCUCUGGGGUGGAGCCCAAAUUUUAACCUACUUACCUCUAACGGGCAUGGGCUUGUUCUAUAGCCCCGGACACUGUCUGUCCUAUAGAGAGGCUACAAUAACCAAAGACGUUAUUUACGCCUAUGCCUUUUUUGCAUUCGCCACAUCGCUUUGUCUGUGCAUAGCUCUAUGCAACACAACUGUUGUAAUAGAGCUAAUGAAAAUCCAAAAACAAAGCAAAGUUUUGGUAAGAAGGGUUAGCAGAUCGAUUAUCAACAAUAGUUGUUCGAGAUAUCAAACACCGGAAGAAGUGGCAUUUGCCAAGUUAAUGGCAAUUAUUUGCCUCAUAUUCGUAUGUUGCUGGGUACCACAGUUGAUAUCCCAUUUGCUGUUUCAAUUCUAUCCAGACUGGAAAUACACUAAGAUCCAUGGAAAGGUGGCAAAUUUCCUGACUUGCGUUUACUUCACCACAGAUCCGUUUGUGUACGUUCUUCAGCGUUACAACAGAGAAGUAUGGAGAUAUUUAGUGCCAUGUUGUUUUUUGCGUCGCUCUACAACCAGCCUUAGUAAUACAGGAACUACCACAACGCUAGGCACCCCGACGACAGUCCUUUUGCAGCCCCCUACCUAUAACAUGCCUGUAGAUAUGUAGAUUUUUGUUUUUUCGCUUGACCCAAAUUCCUUUGAUUCAGUUUAAUUUGUUUUUAAACCGCUCGUUGCAUUAAUGUUUUAACUUCUCACCUUACCUCAGAUUUGUUUUGUAAAACCUAACAUUUCGCCUAUUAAAUAAUUGAAACAAUUUUAAAAUAACUCACUAACUAAUCCGUUUGGUUGUUUUAUUUGUUUUAGGUCAAAUUUUAGAGAGGCUUUCACCAACUUUGAUCUCACAAAAUAUGUACGGUAAAUAAAUCAGCAGGCAGAUUAUUACAUACAGUGUGUAUCAGCCAAAUGGAUUAAAUUCGGUAAUACAUAAAUUGAAGUUUUUGGAACACGCCUUCAUUUAUGUAUUAUCGAAUAUAUUCCAUUUGGAUGAUACAUACUGUAUAUUUACUGUGUAAUUAUACCCUAUUUAUGUUACUAAACCUCCAUACAUAUCCAACACAACAAUUUGUAUUAUAUAUGUAUAAGUACCUACAUGUGAUUUAAUUUGGUUAUUAUUAUAAUUAACUGUAUUAACUAUAAUUGGUAAAGGUACAAUUUUAACAAACUGGAAAUAUUCCAAAAUCGUAGAUAUAUGUAAAAUAGACUGAUAUUAUGUUUGUGAUAUAGUUUUUUUUUUUGAAAAAAU